AUGGACUUCUUAAACUUCGACUUUGAUGAGGAUGAAGACCAGAAUGGCGAGAUGUCAGAGAGCAGCACAUCUGCAGAGAUCCUGUCUAUUACCGACGCUACCGACACUGUAGAAGAGAAGGUGCGGGAAGACAGUUCUGACACAGACCUUGAGAUCGAAGAUACUGAGCGAUCGUUUGCAACUGUCAAGGGUGCGGAGCUGUACAUCGAGGCUUGCAAGCUGGUGGGAGUAGUUCCUGUUUCAUACUUCAUUCGGAACAUGGAAGAGCCUGUCAUGAACCUUAACCAUCAUGGUCUUGGGCCGAAGGGUACCAAAGCCAUUGCCAUCGCACUGGUUUCCAACACAACAAUCACUCACUUAGAGCUAGAGGAUAACUGGAUUCUGGGAGAAGGAACCACAUACCUGGUGCAGAUGCUGCGGGAAAACUGCUACAUCCAAGAGAUGAACAUUUCCAAUAAUCAUCUCAAUACAGAUGGAGCUGAAGCAAUCUGCAGGAUGUUCUUCAAUAACAUUUCUAAUGUCCGGUCCAUUCAACUUUCAGGAAACCAAUUUAGGGAAGAGGCGGCACUGUAUUUUUCUGAAUCAUUAAUGGCCAAUUAUAGAAUGAUAGAGCUGGACCUUAGCCACAACGAGUUUGCUGACAAGGCUGGAGAGCAGCUGGGACAGAUGCUUGCCAACAAUGAGUCACUGGAGAUCCUCAACUUGAGCUGGAAUCAGCUGCGGAUGAAAGGGGCUGUAGCCCUGAGUGCUGGCCUCAGGGCCAAUGGAUGCCUGAAGAUACUUAACCUGGCUUGGAAUGGCUUUGGGAACGAGGGUGCUCUGGCCCUCGGGGAAGCCCUCAAGGUCAACAGCGUCCUAACUGAACUGGACAUCAGCAGCAACCACAUCAACAACGAAGGCACUAUAAAGCUGUGCAGAGGAUUAGAAGUCAACGGAAGCCUUCGCAUACUGAAGAUAUCUCAGAAUCCUAUUACAGUAGAGGGCGCCAUUGCACUUGUCACAUCGGUGAGGAAGAAUUCAAAAUCCAGAAUGGAAGAAAUAAACGUCUCAAACGUGCUGGUGAAUGAAGGCUUCAUCAAGCUGCUGGAUAUCGUCUGUGAGAUCCGGCCUGAACUUGAUGUCAUCUAUGGAGGGGUUGGAGGCUCCAUUUCCAAGAAACUGGAGCAGCUCCCAGAUCCUAUGAAGCUGAUUCAGAACUACUUGGAUGAUCACAAGCUGAGACUCUGGGAUUUCUUUAGGAAUAUGGAUAAAUAUGGCAACAUGAAAAUUCCUGUGGCAGAGUUUCGGAGAGCCAUGAUGCUGCAAACAAAGAUUCCUCUGAAUCGAGAACAGGUUGCAGAACUGGUGCACAAGCUGGACCAGAACAGGACGGGAUAUGUGGACUACAGUUGUUUUAAAGUUGAGGAGCCAGAACAGAAGCCUAAGGACAAGAAGGAGGAAGAGGAAGAAACCUAA